AUGGCGCUGUCGGAGACAGUGAGAGCGAGGAAAGUGUUUGUUCAUCCUGUAGUGUUAUUUUCGAUCGUGGAUGGCUUCGAAAGACGUUCGGAAGACGCAAAAAGAGUCAUAGGAACACUUCUUGGAACUAUUGACAAGUCUUCAGUCGAGAUUCGAAGCUCUUUUGGCGUUCCUCACAAUGAAUCCGAAGACGAAGUAAGCCUUAAUUGCCUUGUUUUGUGCUGUUCCCUUUUUUUUAAUUUCACAAUCUAUCUCCUGUACAUUCUUCUGAUGGAUAGGUACGCUGUGAGGUAUCUGUCAUUAAGAUCUGUUCUAUGUUAAAUUGAUUUGAAUUUAGGCGAUCGCACAUGUAAAUAAAUUAAACUUUAGCCCUAUUUUCAUGACAGCAUUUAUGUUGCCGGCGAAUUUUCUCUAAGUUUCAGGCUUAAAUUUACUCCAGUUUGAGUAAUUUUAGCAUAUUUAUUCGAUGUGUAAGGGUGGCAGUAAAAUGAUAAAUUUUCAUCCAAAUCAAUAUGUUAGUUCAGAUGUUAUUUGCAAAACGCUUAAUUUUCAAGGAAAAAGCAUUGUAUCAUUGCAUUACAGGACGAUUACGCUAAAUAAUUGUAUUAUAUAUACUGUAUCGUGAUUACAUUUCUGUGGGUAUGUCGGCUGUUCCAUAUAUUCCUUGUUUUCCCUCUUUUUACACUUCCUUUUGAAAGACCUAAUUCAUCUUAAUUCUGUGCAUUCUCUCUUUAGAUUACUGGUAAUUUUAGCACUGAGUAGUUGGUUUUAAAUCAAACAGUAUUCCUUGUUCGAUCAUUUUCUCUAUCUUGUCACCUUUAUGCUUAAAAGUGUUUUAAUGUUAUGAGAAUACCUUCGGUGAGCUCGGGGCAAUGAAAUUUUGAGCUAACAUUUUGAGCAUUAGCUCUUUCUCCAGAGGGAAUGCUGACCUCUCAAGGCGUUAGCCGUUCACCUGAAGGCUAACACUCAAAACGUCAGCUUUAAAACUCUUUACGGCGGCCGAUUUAUGUUAUCAACUCAGUUGAUAAUGCUAAAUUACCCUUUUAUACUCUCCCAUUGCUGCAAGCACCACAGUUUUUUCAGAAACUUACUUCCUUCUAUUCAGUGAAAUUUAGAGGCUAGUUUGAAGAUGGGUGAAUUCAUUAAUAAUAUUUAUUGAGCCUGAUGUGUUGAAACAACUCUGAAGUUGUGGUUACAGACCUACUCGUUGUUUUUCAAAUACAUGUAUCCUCUCAUUCCACCCAGGAGUGUAAAUAGGUACUAGAGGGACAUUGGGAAUUUUGGUUUUGCAGUUUAGGUUAUUUUGUAGAUAUGUUUUUGUUUUUGGCCAAAAAACUUUGGUUUUCUGUUUUUGGUGUCUGUUAUGGUUUGUAGCUUUUCUGUUUUUUAGCAUUUGUUCUUCUGUUUUUGUCAAAAACACAAUCAGGUUUUUGGGAUUUGGUAACCAAUGUGGUUCUCAGUUUUUCCUAUUUGGGUUUCAGUUUUUCUUCCAUCUAAGGGGCAAUUAUGUGCCUCAAGUGAUCGUGAAUAGCCAUAAAAUGCAAAUGUUAUCAAGAAGAAUAUGUGACAAACCAAAUGUCACCAAAUAACUUCUUGUAGGUGAAAUAUCAUGGUGAUAGAUACAACAGUAUCUCCCCCACCUCCUACCCUUUUAUGAAUUACCAAUGAGGAGGGAGAGAGGGUAACCUGUAUGGAUCUGCAUGAUACUCCAUGUUGCUCCAUGUUAGAGAUAGGGAAAUAAGCUUCUGCAAAAUAGACUGCUAAACUUAAAUGCUGACUUAACCUUCUUAUUGAUUUGAUGAAAUGGAUUUAGGAUCUGUGACUCUUACUUUAUUUCAGGUCGCCAUUGAACUAGAGUAUGCUAAAAGUAUGUUUGAUCUACACAAAAAAUCACACCCAAAUGAUGAAAUUGUAGGCUGGUGAGUACAUGUGCUGCUUAUGAUAUCCUCUAGAUUAUUCACGUGGUGUCACAGAUUGGAGAAUUCUCCACUUGAUUUUAGAAUUCUUUUGCUAAAUGUCAAUCACUUGAGGUUUUUUCUUAACUUGAACAGUUUUUUCUUUUCCUGUUGAUUAACAAAUUUUUUCUCAGUACUGUGCCUUUUUUUUUUUUAACAACUUGAACAUGUUCUGUAGUUUUUUAAAUUGAUUACAAAAUGUAUGGUGAGUUAAAGGUGUGGUUUGAGAGAAAUUUUGGUCAAAAUGUGUCUUACAGUAGACAUAGAACUUCUUGCCAAGGACAUUAAAAAGAGAUACACUGUGGUUAAUGCAAAAUUCUGGAAACAUUGACAUCUACAAGUAUCAUGAAAAAGCAUGACAGCCUGCUGUAACCAAUGUCAACAACACAACAAGGGAAUCCUAAAUUAGAGUACAUUGACUAUUACAUAAUUACAUAAAAAGCGUUAUUGUUUAUGAUUAAAUUUGAAAGAGGGAAGAUGACUGUAAGUGGAAGAAUAAGAUGUAGAGAGGAUUUUUAUUGCUAAAGAGAUUUUUCUUUAGAAAAGAUAUCAGUUAUGUCAAAUGAACAUGCAAAAUGCACCAAUAGAAGCUGACCAUCUAGCUGCACAAAUGUGAUAUAUAUAUUAAUAUAAUUAUUCAACCUCAUAACCUGGCAAAGAUUGGCAGUGUUAACCCUUUUACUCCCAAGAUCUCAUUAGUAAUUCUCCUUACUGUCUGCCAUACAGUUCUUGUGAUGUUAGUUUUGAGAAUUUGGUAUUAGAUCAACUAACAAUCCUCUAACUGAUAUUUUUCUUACUCUCAUCACUUAUCUGCUUGAUACUGUAUUGUUACUGUAAGGAGAAAUUCUGUCUUGGUCACGUAGGGGAGUUAAAUGGUUAAAGGCAGUUGAAAUGUUACAAAUCUCAAUCAAUAGUUUCACUAUGAAAAUCAAUAGUGACUCUAAGGGGCAAGACUAAUGAUAUAACUUUCUUUAACAGAUAUAACAAUUAUGGAUUAAGAGAUUUCUUGCAAUGCUUCAUUUAAAAUUUGUGUUUUGGAUUGUUUCUAGGUAUGCUACAGGCUCAGAUGUCACAGAGCAUUCUUUGCUCAUUCAUGAAUACUAUUCACGAGAGGCAACCAAUCCAGUGCAUGUUACAGUGGACACUACACUUAAAGGUUCUCGCAUGGGAAUAAGAGCUUAUCAGAGGUGGGUCGCUUUAGAUACUACUUGUGCCAGGUCUGUUAAGUUUUGUAUCAGUGUUUUGGGAAUUUACUUCUGAUUACUCUGGUUGUAUCAGCAUUGGUACUAAGUCUAAUCGUGAUCAUGGAAAACAAGCCAGGAAAACUUGUUCUCUAGGCCUGUCUACUUUUGGUUUGGGAUGGUGUGAGGUGUCUUAUUUAUUUAUUUUGUGUAUUUCUGCUUGAUAAUAGGUAAUAGAUUAUUAGGAAAAAUAGUAUGAGCUUGGAAUUUCAAUUGAGCUCACAUUUAUUAUUACUUAAAACUUUCAAAGUAUAACCUGAAUCAUGAAAAACAUUUGCAUUUAUGCAAUUUCCCAUAUGUAUGCUUUAAUCAUAAUGAUGACAAUGAUGAAAGCAUCACAAAGAUAAUACUUUUUGGCCAGCAAAGCACAGUGUGGUCACUGGUCUGGCUGGUCUGAUCAGACUUACCAUAUUUGGCCAUACACAUUUUUUAUUUGCCCAUAUUUGAUCUGAAUAUGUUUUUGUACAGCUGUAAGAUGGGAGUUCCUGGAAAGACAGAGGGAACCAUUUUCUCACCCAUCCCUUGUGAGGUUAUACUUACUGGGCCUGAGAGAGUGGGAGGUAAGAUUUUGCAAACUUCAUGUAAAGUAGUUACAUGUAUCCAUAAUCCAAACAAACAUUUAUUGAUGAUUGUAUAUAGAAUAAGAGAAAUGGUAAGUUUUGAGCUUGGUAAAAAUGACACAGUCCUAUCAUUGCUUAUCCUAGCAGUGUGCAGGAUUCAUAUGAAGUUUGUAAUAAACCUAGCUCACUGUAGAGUCUUUGUGGCUCAGUGGUAGAGCAUCAGAGCAUGGAAUCCAAAGGUCUGAGGUUCAAUUCCUCAUGGGAACUCAGAAUUUUUUCUUCGUCUCACACUCAUGAUAAGACUAAAAAUCAUCUUUCUCUACUAAUUAAUGAUAUUUGCUUGAAAAAAUAUUGAACAAGAAGUUUCAGGAGCUGUUAAGGAUCUUGGAAACUGAUGUCAAUUGUUUACAGGGUGUGAAAUUAAUUUUUUUUUCAAAUAGCCACUUGGCUCCUGAAUUCAAAGUGGUAGCCAAUUAAAAAAAAAAUUGGUUGCCAUCUUCAAAGACAAACAAAAUCUUUUUUAUGCUGUCAGCCUUCUAGAAAGAGCCUUCAAAAUUAAGUUAGGGAAAAGAUCUUUAACGUGCUGCAAAGUGGACACUAGGAUGGAAGAUAUACAAUGUUCAGGCUCACCUAGAUCCAAGAUGGCCUCUAUGUAUCGAUUUAGAUGCAAAAAUUUAGUCACAUUGGCACCUGUAUUAAGUGCAAUUUCACACGCUGGUUUAUUACCAGGGCCUUAUAAAAAUGCUUUGGCCUAUGCUCAAUUCUUAAUGCACUCUAAACAGUCAUUAUAUUUUCCAUAAUGAUAACAAGAUUAGGUUAAUCAUUGACAGCCAAGUAAGCAAUGUACAGUAUAAAGCUGUACUGUAAAUGUGUUUUAUUAUCGUCAUCAUGGUCAUAUACAUUGUAGCAAUGAUUUUGAUGACAAUGAUGACAAUUGUGUGGAAGUGGGUACUGUAUGAUUGUCAAUUCUCCCCUCUAGCAGCUACACAUUUUCUUGUAACUCAGUUAGGAGAAUUUGAUGUUAGAUCAGGACAACAACUUCUACUUUUAGUAUUUUUAUGACCUGUUUGCUGGAUAAUGUAAGAGUCAUUACAGGGAGAAGUUUCAUGUUAAUCCUUUAACUCCCAUGAGUGACCAAGACAGAAUUUCUCCUUACAAUGUCUAUACAAUAUCAACCAGAUAAGUGAUGAGAAUAAAGAAAAAGAUCAAUUUGGGGAUAAUUCAUUGAUCCAAUACUUAUUAAUUCUCUGAACUAACAUCAUAAGAAUUGUAUGGUUGACAGCAGGGAGAAUUACAAAUUUGAUCUGGAAGUGAAAGGGUUAAUCACUUCUGGGAGUUAAAGGGUUAUUAAUUAAACUUUCCUUUUGUAUUUAAAUUUGCAGUGAACUGGCUCCAGAGAACAAAAAAUGCAGCCAAACAGAGUAUUAGUCCACUAACAGACAUGCAACAUGUUAACAGGUCAGUGGAACAGUCAGUAAUCCUAAGGAUACUGUGUACUGUGCUUCUUCAAUGUUAUUUUAAUAGUCUGUAUUAUAUAAUUUGUGGUAAAUAUAAAUUUCCAUGGCAUGAGGAUCACUCGUACUUCACAUUCGCCCUCUUAGAUUGUGGGUCUCUCGCACAAAACUUACCCACAAAUCUGUUAUGAAAUAGGUUGUGGUUUGUUAUUGGGAUAAAAAGCACUUUCAAAAGAGAAUUGUAAUUGUUUGUUUCACAUUGUGGUCAUUGCAGAUAACCAAUCUGGUCUGGAAAUAAGCCAUGACUCCCAUCUUAAGUCUUUGUUACAUAGUGUGCUUAAUUUAGUUUAAGCCUUGAUUGUCUCAAUUUAAUAUACAUUUUGUCAAAAUCGAUGUUUUUUCCUUUGAAAGAUUGGUUGCUUUUGUGUAAGUGAUCCUAGUAAUGGUAUGGACUCUGUAACAAAUGUGUUACUUUACAAAAGCGCAUCUUUCACAGUAUCUAAAGCAGUGCUGUCUGUCUCAGAAGCCUUGAGAAAUGCCCUUGUAGUGACCAGGAGCUUUACCAACCCUCUUAGACACCUUUCCACGAUGCUCAGGCUUUACAUUCCCAAUAAUACACAUGAAAAAAUUAUGUGGGUCUGAUUAGCUGAAAAGGAGUGCAUUUUUUAUAUAGCACUAGUGUAAAGUUGUAAUGCACAAUGCUCAGGCUUUACAUUCUCAAUAAUACACAUGAAAAAAUUAUGUGGGUCUGAUUGGCUGAAAACGAGUACAUUUUUUAUAUAGCACAAAUGCAAAGUUGUAACGCAAAUUACAAAUCACGCACAUUCUGCAAAAUUUUUUUCCUCUUGACUUUCUGUAAUGUGUUUUUCAUGCAAAUUAUUAACAAGUGAAUGAUGUGAAUUUUUCAAAGACUAUGAAUUGUACUUACUCUUUGGGCUUGUUCAAUAUUUUUGUCCUUGAAAAUUUAAUUGUGCUUGUUAACACUACAUUGCAGGCAAUAUUUUGUUGUUACCUAUACUUAUAGGGUUAAAUAACUGUCAGAGUAGGAAGUUCCUCUUUCCCCUCCCCACCCACCCCUCCCAAAAAAAAAGGAAGGAAGAAAUGCAUUUAACUGUAUUUUACAAUAUCCCUUCUUACUUUCAGUCAUUUGUUUCCAAUAAAUGGGACUUUUUUUGGGAAUAAUAUUGUACCAUAUCCCUUUCCACGGCACUCUCUCUAGGUGGUUAAGUUGACUAUAAUGCAAUUUUCAGUGUUUGAGUUAUCAAUAUUCUGUUUUUCUAGUGCUAGUGAAAGGCUUUUAGAAAUGCUUGGUACCGUGGUGGCUUAUGUGGAUGAUGUUUUGGUGAGUCUUUUUGGGUUUUUGUUUUUGUUGUUGUGAGGAUAUCAGCGAGGCCUUAGCGACAUUUUCGCUUUUUCGACUCCAAGCAAAAUACCGUUACAAGUCUUAAAGAAAUCACAACGUAUUUUUCGUCAACUGCAUUCCUGGGCCCAGGUUUUGUUUGAAUGAUUAGCACUAACCCAGAGUCAAAUUUUAAUUUGGGUUUCUCUAUUCCUUUGUUCGAAAGCCUUUCUCGUUUAAUUCUCUAUUAUUUGAAGGGCAUCCAAUGAUUAAAUUAUUGCCGAAAAUAAUUCUAUUUUAAUGCUUUCAGAUCUUAAAUCAGAUUUCACACUAAUCCUGGGUUAUCUUAACCUAGCUUUGAACAACCUGGCCCAGCCAACGAAAAUAUCUCCAUGCCAAUUUUAUGCUAGGCAACAUAGGGACUGUAUCCCGAUUUUUUUAAGGGGGCUUACUGCACCCCCCCCCGCCUUCCCCCCUUCUUUCCCUGAUUUUUAUUAAGGGGGCCUACUACAACCCUCUCCUCCCUCCCUUAUCCCUAGCCUCUACCGAUGGAAAAAAAAGACCACACCUAGAGAGAGUUCAAAAUCUGUUUUGCUUUCGAAAUGUUGGUUUUGGACAGUGUUAUCGCCAUUAGAAAGUUGUGCUUUCACAGCAAAGUAACACGUGCGCUUUUUUUUCUUUUUUCGGAAAAGGCUGGAAAAGUCGCGGGUAACAACAGUGUAGGCAGAGAGCUGAUGGAUCUCGUUACUUCAGUUCCUCGAAUGUCAAAAGAAGACUUUGAAUCUAUCCUGAACAGUAACAUGCAGGUAAUGAUAUAUUAACUUUACAGUGCCUGUGGAUGUAUCAUUUAUGUGACCAAAGUAAUGGAAAGGGUCUUCUUAAGGCUGUUCCUUAACCGCCAGAGUGACUAGAAUUAAUUUCUCCACACCAAUAUUACCCUGAAUCACACAUUAAUGUUGUGAGAAUAAAGGAAAUGAUCACCUAGUAAAGAAGGUCUUGAUUUUUCGACAAAUUCUCCUUAUCAGCAGCUUUAAGGAAACGUAAAGAGAACAGUAUAGAGAAUAUGCACACUUAUGUUAAGGUGUAAUGAAUUAAGCGGUGCUCCAGAUUUGUACUGUAAUAGCUACACUACGCUAAAUUUCAUGUGAGCUUGCAAUCAGAAUGUUCAUCCUCUAUGGAACUGCAGCGUCCAUGCUCAUGACGCUUCGGUCGGUCUCUAGCAUUGUUCUGACUUACAGGAUGCAAUCUCAUUUCCCAACCAGCCAACCCAAACAUUAGCCCCUUUAUAUACUAUUUUGCUUGUAUUUUUCCUCUUUAACUGUACUUGUUAAACAAGACUGCUCUUACAGUAUACCAGUUUGCAAGACCUCAAAGAUGUACAAGCAACAUUUAAAUUAUUAAAUUUCAGCAUCCUGUUCUAUUCAAUUUUGACUUACUUUUUUUGUCAUUUUUACUGCAGGACUUGCUGAUGAUUGUGUACCUGUCAGGCCUUUGCAAGGCUCAGAUCUCACUUGGAGAGAAGCUGGCCACUGUUAUAUAGUAUUUCGGAUUUUAGUGCGCAAAUAAAUUAUAGAAUUAAACCUCC